CGCCAUCUUAUAGUCAGUCUUCAAACUAAUUUAGACUUUGUCUACAAAUGUGAUUGGUAACUAAACUGUGAACUGCAUGUUGAAAAUUAAAUUUUAAAUAAUUUUGAAUAAUUGGAAGAUAAAUGGAUAUAAAUAUGAAUAUUUCAAAUGAAACUGAAAACCCUGAAACAUUGCAUUUAAUGCACGUUCCUUGGUAUAACACUGAUGAAUGGAAAAGUGUUUAUUACCAACUAUUUAACGCUGAUGCUACAAAAGAAGAUAAGAAAAAAGCUUUAAAUACACUUAUCGUGUGGAAAUAUCGUAUGCCAAGACUGUAUGGGUUAAUUGAAGGCACUUUAAUUUUAGUACAAUGUUUGACGAUGGUUGAUGAAGAUUUUUCAGAUGAGGUUACAAAGCAUAUCGUUUCUUCAGCGAUUCUGAGAUUUUUAAAUGUGUGCUUGUGUAAUUCAAAAAGUCAACAAACAUUCUUUCAUGUUGCCAAGACGAAAAACUUACCUGAUUGGAUUGUGGAGAUUAGACAUAAUUUUGCUCAUUCUCAAACUCUUUCAUCGCCAGAAAUGUUGAUGAGAGCAUUGAAAUUUUUAUUUAAUUGGAUAAAAGAAAAUUAUUGGGAUCAACAAGUUAAAACUCUUCAAGACUACAUAACUCCUCCAAUAACUGUAUUUAAUGAUCUUUUGGAUUUGUAUGAGAAGGUUGUUGAAGUCAGUGAUAAGGAUUAUUCAGCCACUAAGUUACGAAGAUUAUUAAAUAAGCAUAAUAUUAGAUUUCAUAAGUGUAAAUAUACUUUAUUACAAAGAAUUGCAUUAGCGUUGAUUGAAAAACCUGUGAAUAAAUCAACCAUUCCUGAUGCUAUUAUAAAAAAUAAUAAUUUUUUUAAAGCUGCUGAAAUAUCAAAUGAUGGAUUUAUUGUUAUACAAUAUCAGUACUGUUGGAAUCCAUUAAUUUUCGCUUUAAUUGAAUGGAAAAUAUUUUACAAAUUUUUAAAAAUGUUGGUUUUAAUUUGUUGUAAAAAUGAGGAUGUAAAUACUGCAAAAAAAUCAGCAGCUUGGAUAAAAAGUAUUUGUUAUGUGAUUAAGGCUGAUAAAACAACGAAUAUUUUGAAAACCUUUAAUGAGCAGAAAUCAUAUGAAAAUUUUGUUUAUUGGACAACUUCUCAUCCAAAUGUAUAUAUGAAAAAUUACAUAAAAGAGUUGUUAAUAUUAGGAAACUUUACUGACGAAUUUAUAUUUUUUACGUGUCUAGCUGCAGAAGCGCUUGUUCCAAAACCAAAUAGUGAACGACCAAAAAAUAUAUAUACCCUAGAUAGUUUAAGAGAGGAUUUUAUGGAACAGUUGCAUGAAGAAAUAAUAACUGAAAACAGAUCAGAAAUGAAAGGAUGGCAAGUUGUAACAAAUGGAGAUAUAUUUGAUGGUAUACCAUUAGGAACAGGGCCAGAUUUUUAAAGAAUUAUUUUAUUAUAUAAUUUAUAAUAAUACAAAAAUACAAUUAUGUCCCUAAUAUGACCCGUUUAUAACAAAAAUCUGUGCGCUUUUUUGAAUCCUACUUAAAGUAAGUACCAUUUUAUAAAAACGAAAAGUAACAAAAAUAUUACAAUAAUAAAAAAAUUUUAGCUA